AUGAAUGACAACUUCAUCCUUCACCUCACCAAUCCUUCUGCCAUGCCUCAAAGCAAAGGCAAUUGGUACACCCCUUAUAAGCGAGCCACAACUGCGCAGGUCAACCCUCAAGAUCAGGGCCAAAGAGGUCACAGUUGUCCUCAAGCUUCUGGAAGUCAAGUUCGCCAGGGUUCUCAAUCUUCUGGAAGUCAAACCAACCGUUCUGCACAAGCUUCCAAAAACGCAGUCAAGCAUACUGUUACUAGUCUGAAGAAGGGCCAGACCAAACUCCAGUCAAACAAGGACGCCAAUCCCUUCGGACAUACUUCAACUGUUUCAAAGAAGGGCAAGACCAAACGCCAGCCAACCACAGACACCGAAGACUCUGAGCAAGGCUCUCGCAAAUCUCCGAGUCCAAUCCAACAACAUGAUAUAGAUAUGUUGAAUGGUGAUGCCGAUUUCAACAAUGGAAAUCAACAUCCUCACGGAAAUAGUGAAGAAGAACAUGGAAAUCAAUUUCAUGAAGAAGAUGAAGCUGUACAUUGA